AUGGCUCCCUCCGCAACAGUAGAUGCGCUAGCAAGUGCUUUAGUUGCACGUUUUCUGCGCGCGAAGGGCUAUUCCGAAACAUUGGAAGCUUUUAUCCGCGAAGCUGAACUUGCUCCGGACGUGGGGCAGAUCUCGGGCGAUGAUACCAACAACUGGACCAUCCACAGCCUGCUUGAGGAAAAAGAAACCUAUGAUCAAACCGUAUCGUUCGAACGAUAUGGCGCGAAUGGUCAACAGGCGGCUCUCUGGACCGAACCUGCACCAUCGAACCCGGUUAUUGUCCAAACACCAUCAUCAUCAAAUAUUCUCGCUGCAUCGGUAGAGCAAUGGCAAAACCCCAGUGGCGAUGCCGCUGAAGCCGCUGCAGAUGGCGCACCAGCACAGUCUUAUAUCGUCUCCACAGGAGCAGAUAGACAAGUCCAUGUACUCAAAACAGCACAAAACAACGCGGCUGUCACCUCGUUCUCAAGUCUGUCAGAUUCACCCGUGCUCUCAUUUCUGUCGAUCCUGCAGGGUCGGUACAUCCUCAUGACCAACAUGACCGGCCGACUACUUCUCCAGCAUGGAUCACAAAUGCUAGAUAGCAGAAAAGAUCAUGCAAAAUACGCAGUCAAAGUGGUAACAUACCAAGACAAAGCAGAUCCAUCCAAGUGGUGGGUUGCUACCGCCGGAUGGGACGAGAGUGUUAUGUUAUAUUGUCUCGAUAUCCCGGACGAAGCAGAUGCAUCGGCUCUAAAGAUUGGUGAACCAGUUGCACGCAUCAAGCUCACUUCGAAUCCGGAAUCACUACUAUUCGUUCCGCAUGUCGAUACCAACGAGCUGCUUCUCUUAGUCUCGCGCAGAGACUCGACUUCUAUCUACUAUUACGAAGUGGGAGCGGGUUCGGAAGAAGCCGAUGCCACUCAAGCAAAUGACGGACAGUCUGAACAGUCGCCACGAGAAGCUCGCCUCCUCGGAACUCAGAACCUGGCUCCUCAUUCCAAUGCUUGGACUACGUUCUCACCGGCGCACAUGGCGCUCAGUCCGCACGAUUCAGGCCUUCUAGCAGUAGCCACGUCGACGCUGCCCCAUCUGAAAGUCAUUAUCGUGCGUUUACUAUUUCCAACAAGAAAGAUAGUGGAGCAAAGCAGCCCGGCUGCUUUGGAAGACCGGUUGACUCAGGCUACUCAAGCAAUGGCUGCCCUGGACAUACAGAACCGCGAGGAUGCUGCUAUCCUCGUUCAAGCGAACACCUUUGCACCGCAGACUGCUUAUUCCUCGCCGCAGGUGGCGUGGCGGCCUAAUGGGUCUGGAGUCUGGGUUAAUGGAGAUGAUGGUGUUGUCCGUGGUAUUGAGACGAAGACGGGGAAGGUUAUCGCUACGUUGAAGGGUGGUCAUGAGCCAGGUUGCAAGGUGAGGACUGUUUGGUCCGGGUAUGUUAGUGUACCUCAGGAAUCGGGAGAUCCGAUCCAGGAGGAAUGGGUUAUUAGUGGUGGGUUUGAUAAACGACUGGUUGUUUGGAAGGUAUGA